AUGUUCUUGCCCUCAAAGUACGAAUUCGUCUCGUACAUUGGCGCCGAGCGCUGUGCCAUCGCUUGGGGCAACGUGAGCCUGUUCGACUACAAGAGCGUGCUGCUGAGUGGCCGGGUCAACCUGCACCUGUGGCCCGUGCCCAAGGGCAUGGACGAGCUGCUCAAUCCUCUGGGCAGCACGGGCUCCAACCCCAACCGUGAGGCUCCCUGCCUCGUCAUUGAGCUGGACCGCUUUUCAGGCCAGGUGGUCUUCCCCACCAUGGAACAGAUCGAGGAGUACGCCUCCUUCGUCUCACCCCUAGAGUCCAUAGGAGAGGAGAGUCCAGAGAACUGGACUGAAAACGACAAGGAUCAAAUCCAUGAGAUCAUCAAACGAGACCCGCUCUCAGAGAUCCUGGAGCAGGAGAAGAUGCUUCUGUGGCGGAUGCGCUACUACUGUUACACUGUGCCCAAUUCACUGCCUAAGCUGCUGGACGCCAGCAAGUGGAACUGCCGUGAUCAUGUGGCUCAGUUGUAUCGGCUCCUGAAAAAGUGGAAACGGGUGUCUCCCGAAACUGCACUCGAACUGCUGGACUGCAAAUACGCGGACAUGUUUGUCCGCAAGUAUGCUGUCGAGUGGCUGGACGGCCUUUCGGACGAGCUGCUGUCCCAGUACCUUCUUCAACUUGUGCAGGUUCUGAAGUACGAGCCAUACCUCGAAAAUGACCUCGGCAAGUUUCUCAUCAGGCGUUCCCUGCUUAACUACAACAUUGGCCACUUCUUGUUCUGGCAUUUGAAGUCUGAAAUGCACGACCCUUCAGUAGCGAUCCGGUUCGGCCUGUUGCUUGAAGGUUUCUGUCGAGGUAUUGGCACCCACCUGAAGUCAGUGGUGCGCCAGGUCGGUGCACUGGAGAAGCUCACGCAGCUCACUGACUCACUCAAGGAGAGAAAGGACGACACGCCGAAGGAACGGCUCAAGUUUCUCAUAGAGCAGUUCUCAAAGCCGGACUUCCUGGAAGCAUUGCAGAAUUUUCCAUCACCUCUGAACAACAGCUGCAUCUUGGGUGAUUUGAUUGUAAACGAGUGCAGAAUACUUGACUCUGCCAAGAAACCUCUGUGGUUGCUGUGGAAGAACCCUGACCACCUGGCAGAACAGAUUCUAGACCACCAUGAGAUUAUCUUCAAGAAUGGCGAUGACCUGCGGCAGGACAUGCUGACGUUGCAAGUCAUUCGCAUCAUGGACAGCAUCUGGCAGAAGGAGGGACUUGACCUGAGGAUGAUGCCAUACGCGUGUUUGUCAACUGGCAAGCAUGUUGGCAUGAUAGAGGUGGUGCGCAAUGCCAAGACUGUCAUGAACAUCCAGAAGAAAGGGGGUCGCAUGGCUGCCUUCCAGGUGGACUCGACGCAACUCCACAAGUGGAUCAGGGACAAGAACAAAGGGGAUCGGUACAAGCAGGCAAUAGAGACCUUCACCCUGUCAUGUGCCGGCUACUGUGUGGCCACCUUCAUCCUUGGAAUUGGGGACAGAAACCCUGACAAUAUCAUGGUCAAUGAAGAAGGCCAGAUCUUCCACAUCGACUUUGGCCACUUCCUCGGCCACUUCAAGAAAAAGUUUGGCAUCAAUCGUGAGCGCGUGCCCUUUGUGCUGACGGAGGACUUUCUGCACGUCAUCGCAAGGGGCCAGGAGAACCCACGGAAGAGCAAGGAAUUUCAGAGCUUUCAGGAGCUUUGCGGUAAGGCUUACCUCCUGCUUCAUCGUCAUGCCAACCUGCUCAUCACAUUGUUCACCAUGAUGCUGUCGACGGGAAUACCCGAGUUGCAGUCUAUCGACGACAUCGGCUACCUCCGCAAGACUCUGCAGGUUGAGAAGCCGGAGGAGCAAGCCUUGGAGUACUUCCAGAACCAGUUCUUCGAGGCAUACGGUGGUGCCUGGACUACAAAAGUGGACUGGUUCUUCCACAGCGUCAAGCACUUUUAGCUGCAGUGCAAGGCAGUUUUGUGCGCGACACAAUGUGUGCAGCAGUGCCGUGCGGGACGUCAGUGCAUGACCACGGAAAGACACUGCGAGACAGAAUUCUCGUGCCGUUGCUGUUUUUUGCGUUAUUUCCCACCCUUCUCCUCCUCUUCGUUCAGAGUUUGCCUGUCAGCAUACUGUAAUAAAGCACGUCUCUAGAAGGCU